AUGUUCUCACUCUCUCUCUCUCACACACACACACACACUCUCUCUCUCUCUCUCUCUCUCCACUCUCUCUCUCUCUCUCUCUCUCUCUCUCUCUGUGUGUCUCUCUCUCUCUCUCUCUCUCUCUCUCUCUCUCUCUCUCUCUGUCUGUCUCUCUCUCUCUCUCUCUCUCUCUCUCUCUCUCUCUCUCUCUCUCUCUCUCUCUCUCUCUCUCUCUCUCUCUCUCUCUCUCUCUCUCUCUCUCUCUCUCUCUCUCUCUCUCACUGUUUCGCACCUUUUCGCCUUGUCUCGGUCUCGGGCUCGACCAGCGGCAUGUCACGGCAUCGGAAUAUGCACAACUACGACUACGAUGACUAUGGCGACUACGACGACUACGAAGAUGAAGGAACUUUGGAACAAGCAAGGCCCAUGCUGCCCAGUGCGCUUGCUGCGGUGGUCACUCUCACAACGAACGACCUUGCUACCCUUCCCCGUGAGCCGAGUGUAGAGGACUAUUACGAGGAGGAACAAGCUUUCGAACCUGAAGCUGAGCCAGCCCCCGCUCAGCAGAUGAACCUUGAUGAGUAUCUCCACCAGCUCAAGGUUAAUCCCGCUGCUGCACCAGUCGUGGCAUCUGCACCACCCCCAAAGAGUGCCCCUUCUGCUCCACCUGGACUUGCUUCAGCCAAAGCUGCCGUCCCCAAGCCAACGAGCGAGGCAGCCAAGACACAAUCAAAAGGAGCCGAACCUGCCUCAAGGCAACCCAGUGGUGUGUCCGACGUCAACACUGCAUCUGUCUGCCCACUACUUGAUGUUCUGGCUUUCUUCCAAACCUUUGCUUGUCCUUGCCCGUCGCUCUCUCUCUCUCUCUCUCUCUCUCUCUCUCUCCCCCCUCCACCCCUCCACCCACCCUCUCUCGCUUGUCCCCUCCAUGUGGGGUUUUUUAAGCGUGUGGGCGCUUGCUUGGUUUUUUUGGUUCUCACAACAAUUUGCGUUGGCUUAGCCCCAGCGGAGAAGGAUCAAGAUGGCGACGCCGAACCUGCAGAGGCAUCGACCAACACCGCUCAGGACGGCAUUGAUAUGGCUGCCAUCCUUAAAAAACUGCCGCCUCGCCAGCGCCGUGUGGACCCCGUUGCAACCUUUAAUGCCCGUGCAGCCGCAAGCAAGCCCACGCUGCGACUUGUGGUGGCAGCCAUUGGAAUUAUUGUCAACUCGUUUGCGCCCCUCGCAUGCCAAUGCCUAACACUCGAGGCGCUGAGGGCCCGGGGAGAGUGUCAGGCCGAUGCUGCAAUUGUGGUCGUGGACGCCACGCCAAACAGCUUUGAAGCUGGUUUCCAGCGUGGCCAAACCCGUGAGCAUCUGCUGCUCCUCCGCGCCCUUGGAAUCAAUGAACUCGUGGUCGCCGUGAACAAAAUGGACAUGAUUCAAUGGGACCGUAGCCGCUUUCAGGAGAUCCAAGCCACCAUGUCCGCCUUUUGCACCAAACUUGGCUUUCAGCCUCAGAACACCAAGUUUGUACCUUGCAGUGGCAUGACCGGAGACAACUUGCGUGAUGCUAGCGACCAUACGGCCAUGUGGUCGGAUACCAGUACCGUCGUCUCUGCCAUUGAUGGCUUCAAGGGACAUGCAUAUGAGCAUCUGGUGAAAGCACCUCUUCGUGUCAUCGUGUCAGACUUUGUCAAGCUACAAGGUUCACAUUAUGCAGAAGGCUUCAUCGCGUCGGGCAGCGUCCAAACGGGUGAUCCUCUUUGGUGGCGUCCAGGAAGCACUGUCAGCGUAGUACAAGGCUUGACUGUUGCGGAAGAGCCCGUGGAUUGUGCCACUGCCGGCGACGACGUCCGCAUCAAGCUCAACAAUAGUGAUGGCCUUGAGCUAUUUGGUGAGGUGGGCUGUCAUCCGGACGAGCCAGCGCCCGAGGCGACGCGCGUCCGGUGUCAGCUGCUGACGUUUGACCUACCAACCCCUCUCUUGAAUGGAAGUCGACUCGAGGCUCAUUGGAAUGAGAGCUCUUGCGGCAUCGUUCUACGCAACCUUGUCUCAAAGCUGGACAAGAGCGGCAACACAAUUAAAAAGCCGCGCAUGGUCGGCUCACACACCAUGGCCGUCGCCGAUUUUGAGCUUGACCGCUCGAUUUGCGUCGAAACCAACGAUGUCUUGCCUCGGCUGGCACGCAUUUGCUUUCGCGUUGCGGGUGAGACUGUUGCGGCAGGGCUGGUUCGGAAGCACAACGGUCACUCAGAGCCAUAG